UCCCAACAGCACACGGGACGGUCCAGGCAUGUCUCUGAACCCCAGGACUUCUGGGGGGAGAAGAGGGCGUCAUCCUAGACCCUGUUUCAGCCCCUCAGGGCCGGGACCCGUCUAUGGUUGACCGAUUAUUGUUGCCGCGAUGGCCUGGAGACUCGAUGGACAGCGGACAUCCAGCCAAGUGGCUCUUGCCAAGCCAUCGUCGAGUUGUUCUACUUUACGCAGAAGGCAGGAGACGCGGGCGAGAAUCCUCCGAUGGCAGUGGGGAUCGGAUGGAUGCAGUCGUCUCGACCGAAUAAAGGUCUUGGCUGCUGUGUACUCCGUAGAGUGUAACUAGAGAGAGUGCACUAUCCUCGACACGCCCCUCGUCUUCGAUGGGCUUCUG